AUGAGCAGUAAAGCAGACAAUGCCGAGAAUGCGCAACUCUCGCUGACUGGCAUGGCAACACAGCUCGGAAUCAAUGUUGGCAUCGCUGUCGGCGUCUUGCUAGUGUUCAAUAUAUUACGACCAAACAACUCUCUGGUAUACGCACCAAAAUACAAAUACGCUACUAAAACAAAGCAGCCACCCGAACUAGGACAUGGCUUCUUUGCUUGGUUUGGGCCUGUCAUGCACACGCCAGAUAGUGUACUAAUAGAAAAGAUUGGCUUUGAUGCGACGCUGUUUAUCCAAUUCAUACGAAUGAUUCGAAGGAUGCUCUACUUUAUGACAUUUAUCGGUGUCUGUGUCAUCAUUCCAAUCAACAUUGUGGCCACCUCAUACACUGGGGAAUGGCCUCCCUCUCCAGGCGUAGAGUUUCUGUCAAUAUCCACCAUCAACUAUUACGACGGCAAAUUUCACGGUUCCAACGGUGAUCUCAACUGGUAUUGGUGCCAUGCUGCUGGAACAUGGCUCUAUUCGCUGAUCAUCUACAUUUUUCUAUGGAAGUUUUACGCCAGCUAUGUGCAAUUUAGACAACAGUACUUUGAAAGCGAUGAAUAUCAGAAAUCAAUGCAUGCGAGAUCACUGAUGGUGUUUAAUGUGCCGCCGUCUAUGCGCUCUGAUGAAGCACUCGGCAACUGGGUCCAUUCGCUUGGACUCAAAUACCCUGCCCAACAAGUGUGCAUAGGUACACAGAACACAGAGCUUGCAAAAUAUGUGGAAGAGCAUGAAGAGGCAGUGAGGAAGCUGGAAAUUAUCUUGUCAAAUCAUUUGAAAGAUGGCCAAGUGAUCGAAGGCAAAAAGAGGCCUCUUGAGCGCAUUGGAGGCUACUUUGGAUGCUGUGGAGGAGUCAAGGUGGAUGCUAUUAAUUACUACUCGGAGAAGGUGCAAGAGCUACAGGAAAAGAUCACAGAAGCACGCUCCCGCAUAUCGACGAGUAAAAAGACGAAUUAUGGCUGGAUAUCAUACGACAAAGUGUCCUGGGCACAUGCCAAUGCAAAGUUUCUAGCUUCAUCUUCAUCGCCGCUAAAAUCACUGCCAAAACGUAUUGAAGGAGCCACACCCUCGAUUGAACUAGCACCACAGCCCAAAGACAUCAUUUGGUCCAACCUGUCACUCAACGAGCACGUCAAGCGAACAAAGCGACUGAUUGUCACGUUUAUAUUCUAUGGAUUUGUGUUCUUUUGGUUCAUUCCAUCCAGUUUCUUGUCGGCGUCUUCCAACGUCAAGGACUUUUUGAGGCUGUUUCCUGGAUCCACUCAAUUCAUGAAGGAGCACAAGACAUUUGUCUCGCUACUUAGUUCGUGGUUUACGCCAAUUGUCAUGGCCAUCUUCUUUUUCAUUUUGCCCAAGAUUUUGAGGUUCAUGUCUCAGCAACAAGGAUAUAUGACUGGAACAAGUUUGGACCGGCAGGUAUUGGCAAAGUUGUUUAUCUUCUUUAUCAUCAAUAAUUUGCUGGUUUUCACUGUAUCUUCUACAUUGAUUGCCGUGUAUGCAGAGAUUCAAAAGGCCGUCGAAAAUGGGACUACACUAACGGCACAGCAGUUCUUUUCCACUAUGAGUGGCAAUCUGACACAAGUAGCCAAAAAUCUGAGUGAUGUCUCAACUUAUUGGGUUAAUUAUGUGUCAUUAAAAGGCCUGGGUGUCAUUGUGGAUCUAGCGCAGAUAGUUGUUCUGUUGACUGUGACCUUGAGAAAGUUGUUUACCAGGCCUAGUCCACGCCAAUUGCAAGAAUUCACUCGACCUACGGCAUUUGACUAUCCACUCUUUUACAAUGUACUGCUCUUCUUUUUUACAGUAGGCCUCGUUUACUCUGUAAUUGCACCUCUCGUAUUACCAUUCACUAUGCUCUAUUUCCUUCUGGCAACCAUGGUUUUCAAAUACUUGUUAAUGUAUGUAUUUGUCACUGCUGUAGAAACAGGCGGUCAGAUUUGGCGCUUGCUGUUCAAUCGAUUAUUGGUAUCUACAGUGUUGUUUCAAGUCAUUAUGGUUGGUGUUCUCAACCUCAAAAGUGCCCGUAUACCCUCGCUUGCUGUAGCACCUUUGCCGCUGAUUACCGUUCUGUUCAAAAUCAUUUGUAGUCGACGUUUUGACAAUAGAGUCUACUAUUAUACCCCAAAGAUGGAACCUACAGUAACAGCAAGAUACGAUCAAGAUUACAAGCACGGAGACAGUAAUGCCAGAAAAGCAAAGAACUCCAUUGGAUUUCGAUUUGGUGAUCCAGCCUUCUUUGCAGAGCUUCCAGUGCCUAUGGUUCAUGAACGUGUGCGACAUUUGCUGCCCAAACUGUACGGCAGCAGUGCAAGCAAUGCAAGUAAAAAGCCUUUCAUCAGUCGCAUGACACGACAAAAGAGUGUUCGCCAUGUAUCCGUUAUUCAUCUACAAAACGACGCAGGAGGGCCUGGUGGAGAAUUACAGUUUCAAAGUAUUGGCGAAAAGGACUUGGAGCUGGAUGAUUCAACAGAAGGCAUCAAGGGAAUGUACAAGUUCAACGAGGAUGAGGAGGAACAGAAUAUUGUGGAUCCACCAAAAACCAGCUAUUACAGCAACAGUUUCUCUUCUCACAACAAUAUCAACAACAAUACCAUCGCUAUGAAUCCACUAAAAAGACUCAGUAAUCGAAUCAGCGCAUCCUUACAUUACAACAACGGCUCAAGCGCAUCAGCUAAGAACGACAUGUACUCUCCUAGAAGACCUUUGGUCACAUCAGCAUCUUACAUGGACACCAAUUCAGGGAGUACUGAAUAUGAUGAUCAUGAUAUCCUAUCCUCUUAUCAUCAUGCUCCAGCAGAGCAGUAUCCAACUCCCCCACUUGCGCCACAUCGACAAAUGACAGAGGAUAUGGAAUAUUUUGUAGCUGGAAGAGCGUAUCGAUCUCAUGAUCCCCACAAUCUAAACAACACAAAUGUGAUUGAAAUGGCUAACAUAUACCGUUCUCAACAGCAGCCUUACGAGCCUCAGCCACAACACAAUCCCCUCGUUGACAAUUACCAACACUACAUUCAAAAUCCAAUCAACGCGUAUACCUCUGGGAGUGGAAGAAUCAAAAAUCAUCCACAUGAAAUGAGCAACAAUAAUCGCUUUUGA